CCAGUUCAUAUCUCUCUCUCUCUCAGCGGGAGAUUCAGUGGAAAGGGAGAGACAAGAUGGCUCUGCCAAGCGCCAAUUCAGUCCAUCUCCUCAACAAUCAAGGCCAAAUCUUCUUCUCCCCGCCACCUUCUUCCUCCUUCUCUGCCUUCCAAACCCCCGCCGCCGCCGCCGCCGCCAAGGGCCGACUCAUCACCGCCGUCCACGCCGCCAAGAAGUCGUCCGAUUCGGCGCCGCCGGCGACAUCCACCGCCAAGCCGUCUCCAUCUCCGCAGAAAUGGACCGUCGAAAGCUGGAAAUCCAAGCAGGCCUCUCAGCUUCCCGAGUACCCCGACAAGGCCGAGCUCGAGUCCGUGCUCAAAACCCUAGAAUCGUUUCCGCCGAUCGUCUUCGCCGGCGAGGCUCGCAGCCUCGAGGAGCGCCUCGGUCAGGCCGCUCUUGGGAACGCUUUCCUCUUGCAGGGCGGCGAUUGCGCCGAGAGCUUCAAGGAAUUCAACGCCAACAACAUCCGGGACACUUUCCGGGUGCUUCUCCAGAUGAGCGUUGUUCUUAUGUUCGGUGGCCAGAUGCCUGUUAUCAAGGUUGGAAGAAUGGCAGGCCAAUUCGCAAAGCCAAGGUCAGAUCCAUUUGAGGAGAAGGAUGGUGUGAAGCUUCCUAGUUAUAGGGGCGACAAUGUCAAUGGGGACGCUUUUGAUGAAAAGUCAAGAGUCCCGGAUCCUGAUAGGAUGAUCCGUGCUUAUACACAAUCUGUGGCGACAUUGAACCUGCUUAGGGCUUUCGCUACCGGUGGGUAUGCCGCAAUGCAGAGGGUUAACCUGUGGAAUCUUGAUUUCACUGAACACAGUGAGCAAGGUGAUAGGUACCGUGAAUUGGCUCACAGGGUUGAUGAAGCCAUAGCUUUCAUGGGCGCUGCUGGCAUCUCGGUCAGCCACCCAGUGAUGGCAACAACAGAGUUUUGGACAUCUCAUGAAUGUCUGCUUCUACCUUAUGAGCAGGCACUUACAAGGGAAGAUUCAACUUCUGGUCAUUAUUAUGAUUGCUCUGCUCACAUGCUUUGGGUUGGAGAGCGCACACGACAACUUGAUGGGGCACAUGUUGAGUUUCUGCGGGGAGUUGCUAACCCACUUGGAAUUAAGGUCAGUGAUAAGAUGGAUCCAAAUGAGCUGGUUAGGCUUGUAGAUAUACUGAAUCCACAUAACAAGCCUGGGAGAAUAACCAUUAUAACUAGAAUGGGGGCUGAGAAUAUGAGAGUAAAGCUUCCCCAUCUAAUCCAGGCAGUCCGCAGGGCAGGCCAAAUUGUCACAUGGGUCAGUGACCCCAUGCAUGGAAACACCAUUAAAGCUCCUUGUGGCCUGAAAACACGUUCCUUCGAUGCAAUCAGGGCUGAGGUGAGGGCAUUCUUCGAUGUCCAUGAACAAGAAGGAAGCUAUCCUGGGGGGGUGCAUCUGGAGAUGACGGGGCAGAAUGUGACCGAGUGUGUGGGAGGAUCGCGAACUAUCACUUACAACGACCUGAGCUCGCGCUAUCACACUCACUGUGACCCGAGGCUCAACGCUUCGCAGUCUCUGGAGCUCGCCUUCAUCAUCGCAGAAAGGCUUCGAAAAAGAAGGCUUGGACCACACCCCUCUUUCAGGCUGUAGGAAGCAGCCAGCCACCUCUGGUUUGUUACCCUCUGCUUGAAUUUCCAAUACCUCCUUACUCUAUGCAUGCUUUAGUGAGUGUUUUUUUGUUACGAGUCACCAAAAGUUUUAAGUCUAGCUUCCAGGUUUAAAGCCAUACCCUAUAUAUCCUUGUGAAAUGGAUGUUUAGACCCGCAAUAAUAAACGUGGUUUAGUAUCUUAAACCCUGAGUUACGGUUAUGGAACAUCUGGCAAUCAGAUCAGUUUUAGUACUCCACGAAACAAAUAUUGUCAGCUCUUCAUUUGAGGGGGGGUCCCUUCUCUUUGCUAAAUGUGUUUAAUUUUCUAAGCUUGGAAAGUGCUAUAAAUAAAUAGGAUAAUGUUGUUUCUUUGUGAA